AUGGAAUAUACUCCAAUCGAAUCUACUACAAAUACAUCUAUAGAAUCUACUUUUAUACCUUCUAUAUUAAUUGCCAAUCCCCAUAAUCUUACUACAUCUACAAGUGAUCCAGCUAUAUCGAGUACUAACUCUAACAAUCUUGCGUCUACAAUCGCCAACCCUAGUAGCCCAGCUAUACCUACUGCUAUUAAUACCUCUAAUGUAUCCAACUCUGGUAAUUCUACUAGGUCUACAUUAUCUACCGAAUCUAGUAGCUCUACUGCUGACCUAAGAAAAGAAAAAAAAUUUUUAGAAAUUCUUGUGGAUUUAAUUACUCCUAUUGAAGAAAUAUCUAGAGUUAGUAGUAGUAGCGAAGAAGAAAAUAGUGGAAAUGUAACAUUGAGUUUAGUUCAGCUUUAUAAUAAAGCAGAACGUUCUCAAAAGCGUGCAACAUUAGCAAACCAGGCUGAAAUAUGGUCCUGGUAUCGAUUUGCUGAAGCAUUUGAGGGACAA